AAGCUCUGUCCUUUCUUAUGAGCAUAGUAGUUGCUUUGUCUCUUCUCUAUCUCUAUCUCUCUCUUCUCUCUCUCUCUUCUCUCUUCUCCUCCGUAACGCACUCCACCCACCAUCUCCAUUUCCCCCACCUCCCUCCUCCCUCCUCCCUCCUCUUCGAUCUCCCGCGCUUUCCUCUCUCUUCUCCCGCCAUAAAAAUGGCUUCUUGAAACCCCUUCAUCAACUCCACCAUUACCAUUCCCCAUUGCCGGUGCGUUCUCUCUCUCUCUACCUCUCCAAUGGUGGAUUCCAACGCCAACAACAACAACAACAACAACAACAACAACAACAAUCACACAUCCGAAGAAGCCCCAAGAGACCCCGGGGACGCUGCGGCCGCGGCAUCGUCGUCGACGACGACGACGACGACGACGACGAGGAUUGCGUUUGCGUUGGCCCGAGACGAGCCGUUCCUCUCCGAGUCGGAGGACGGCUACGUCGAGCUCCAGCUCUCCAGGGAAUGCUCCAUCUACGCCGCCGCCGCCGCCGCCGACCGCCGCGGCUCCUCCGCCCCCUGGAUCGCCGCCGCGCGCCCCGCCGUUAUCAAUUGGAUUCUCCGAUGCGCCGCCCACUUCGCCUUCGGCCCCUGCACCGCCUUCGUCGCCGCCGCCUACUUCGACCGCUUCCUGCGCCAAGAAAACAUCGACGAGCGGCCGCAAUGGGCGCUGGAUUUGCUCAAGGUGGCGUGCGUGUCGCUGGCGGCGAAGAUGGAGGAGCGGAGCCCGACGCCGCUCCCUGCCAUCGCCCGCCGCGACGAGCACCAAUUCGGCAGCGCCGCGGUCCAGCGGAUGGAGCUCUUCGUGCUGCGGGCGCUGCGGUGGCGCAUGUGCUCCGUCACCCCCUUCUCCUUCCUCUGCUACUUCGCACACAAGUUCUUCGACAAAGGUUAUGUAUCGGAUCACCUGCUGCUGAGAGCUGCUCAGUUCAUCUUUGUAACCAUCAAAGUGAUGAAUUUGGCUGUUACCGCGGCGUCGAGCAUCGCGGUGGCGGCGGUUUUCGCCGCCGCCGACGGCAGCUUAACCCGGGAUUUGAUAGAAUCCAAGGUGACAUCCAUUGUUGACUCAUUACCAGAACCAUUAGACCCUGAAGGCGUGUUUUCCUGCUACAGUGUGAUGAUUCAAGAAGCAUGUAAGGAGGAGCCUAAACCAUCAAAGGAAUUGGAUUCCUCUUUAUCAAAUCCCCCAGAAGCUAAUCAUGCCAACAAUGAUGAUUCUACUGCUGCUAAUAAGAGGAGAAAGUUGGAAUAGAAAAAAAGGAAGAAAAAAAAAAAAAGGAUUCUAUGAGUAAUUUUGAAGAGGAGGACCCAGGCACUUUUUUUUUUAUUUUUUAUUUUCUUUAACAUAAAGUUGUUAAUGGGGGCAUCAUGAUUCUUCUUUUUCAAUUGAGUUUUAUAUCAGGCUCAUUGGUUAAGCUUGAAAAAAGGUUUUGGUUUUUGGAGGAGCCUUUUCCACACUUACUGGUGUGUGAAAAGAAGGGAAAGGGGAGAAGAGAAAGGCAAAAGCUAUACAGCUCAAAGUGAAAAGACUCCAAAAAGAAAAAAAAAGAAAAAAAAAGAAAAGUAAAAGAAAGGCUGACUUAAGAAAGAAAGCUAGUAGGAGAUCAGUAGAUCACUAUCCAAGGGCAAAGGAUGAGUGAUUGUUGUGAAUAGGAUUUGGGAUUAGUCCUUUUUGUGUUUGGUAGCCCUUCUGUCAUUCAUUCAUGAACAACUUUACCCAUAUAUUUGUUUUAAUUCCUUAAUUUCUUCUUCUUCUUCUUUUUUACCUUAUCUUUUCCUUUUGCCCCCCCUGUGUGUUGUGUUGAGGCUAAUUGGGUUUCAGUGGAAGGGAAAAGAGUCUGGUUUUGUAUCUUUUGGAACUGUCCCUAGAGCUAUCCAUUUUGGUAGAGGAGCUUGGGAUGUGUCCUUAUAAGCAAAUGAGAGGGUGUUGGUUGUAAUUCUGAAGAUAUGUAAGGUUGGUUAAUGGAAAUGUAAUUGGAUUAUUGUUGGAUGGUCUUUGUUUUUCUAA